AUGGCUUCCCAUUCUGCGACAACAGCUUCUUCGCUCACCUCUGCGGCUGCCAACCUGGGCGCAACCGAGGCCAAUGCGACCACGACACCCCGAGCGCCCAAGAGAACGAAGCUUCAUGGCAGGGCCUUCUACGAGAGCAUCGGUAGUCCAAAGUACAUCGUUGCUCCCAUGGUGGAUCAGUCUGAGUUUGCCUGGCGCAUGCUGACCCGAUCGUUUCUCCCCGCCGAUGAGCAACAUAAGCUCCUUUGUUACACUCCCAUGUUCCACGCCCGCCUGUUUACCGAAGCGCCAAAAUACCGUGACUCCCAUUUCCAACCGAUCCGCGGCCCUCUGACAGCCGACAGCCCGCGCCCAGACUCGCCCGAUUACGUUCCCUUCCUUGACGGCAACCCUGAGUUCGACCGUUCGCUAUUCGUCCAAUUUUGCGCUAACGACCCCGCCUACCUGCUCUCCGCCGCGAAGCUCGUGGCCCCUUACUGCGAUGCCGUAGACCUCAACCUCGGCUGCCCGCAGGGCAUCGCCAAGCGCGGCCAAUACGGAUCCUUUCUGCAAGAGAACCAGGAGCUCAUUUUCGAGCUGAUCAACACGCUGCAUAAGGAACUUGACAUCCCGGUGACGGCCAAGAUCCGCAUUCUCGACACCAAGGAGGCGACCCUCAAAUACGCUCAGAACGUGCUGCGCGCCGGCGCCAGCAUUCUCACGGUACAUGGCCGGCGGCGCGAGCAAAAGGGGCAUCAGACGGGGCUCGCCGACUGGGAGUACAUCCGCUACCUGCGCGAGAACCUGCCCAAGGAGACGGUCAUCUUCGCCAACGGCAACAUAUUGCAGCACGCGGACCUGGAGAAGUGCUUAGCGGCCACGGGCGCUGACGGCGUUAUGAGCGCCGAGGGCAACCUCAGCGACCCAGGCCUCUUCGCCAGGCCGCCGGCCGUCGGCGAAGAAGGGAGGGAGUACUGGCGUAGCAAGGAUGGCAGCCGCGGCGGCUGGCGCGUCGACGCUGUGCUGAGGAGAUACCUGGAUAUCAUCUACAAGUACGUGUUGGAGCAGAAGCCGCCAGUGAGGAGACCGCUGUUCAUGCCGGGUGAUGAUGUUGCAUGGCUUGAAGAGGCUUCCUCCACCUCCUUCGAAACAACACAAGCCAACGACGACAGUGAAGGACCAGCACGAAAGAAGCACAAGUCCGCCAACGGCAGCGCUUCUACCACCACCACCACCACCACCACCACCACCGCCGCCUCCUCCUCCUCCUCCUCCUCUCUAAACACCACCAACAACAGCAACAACCCCCACCUAGACAAAAAAGCUCUCCAAACCUCCCCCAACCUCGUCUCCAUGCAACCCCACUGCUUCCACCUCCUGCGGCACUUCGUGACCCACCACACCGACGUCCGCGACCUCCUCGCCCGUGCGCGGAACGGUUCUGAAAUCGGCAAAUACGAAGCCAUCCUGUCUCAAGUCGAGCGUAAGGUUGCCCAGGGACUUCUCGAGUACGAGCGCACCGGCGGCUCGUCAUUCGACGUCGACGUCCUGGAAACCUUGUACCAGGAAACAGAAGACUCCAAAGAUGACCCGGAAAGCUCGGCACAGGCGAGGAGGGAGAACAAGAGGCCUUGGUGGGUGGUCCAGCCAAUUAUCCGGCCGUUGCCCAAGGAGGCGUUGGCGAAGGGGGCGUUGCAGCUGAGUAAGAAGGAACUGAAAGCGCAGGCGGCAAAGAAGGCUGCUGGUGGUGGUGGUGAUGCGGAGGCUACGGUUGCUUCCGUUUUUGGGUCGAAGGAGAAGGAGGUGAAGAAAACAGCGUCUGAAGAGGCGCUGGUUCCUGUUCAGGGACAGAAUGGCGGGGAGACAGCGGUGGAGUCGUUGGAGACUACGACGAAUUAUCCCAAGAGUGAGCUGGUUAGUGGGUGA